UUUCUGGAGCCCGUGGACCCCUCAAAGGUAGCAGGGUACGCGGAGGCUAUCAAACGACCCAUGGAUUUCGGUACGAUCACGACAAAAGUGGCAAAGGGGAAGUACCGUUCUCUCGAAGAAUUCGCGGCGGACUUUCACCUCGUCAUUUCCAACGCGAAAAGCUUCAACCCGCCUGGCACGAUCUACCACGCGGAGGCGGAGCGCAUAGAG